UUCCAACAUUCGAAGCGAUGUUGCAUGUGUGUCUCUGUGUCUUAUGACCGAGGCGUGUGUGUCUGUGUUCUACAGACUACAACAUCGACGGUGUCAGCUCCAUGAUGUGUUGUUCAUGUCGCCCCUGGACGGACAAGAUGAGGCGGGAACAGUGUACUACAGCUUUACUUCAGGUGCUUGUCCAACCGGCUACAUCCACAACCGUCUCCUCAAUGUCUGCUAUCAACUUCAUCUCGACAAGAUCCUUUACGCUUACGGUCUUGCUGACUGUAGUUCAAGAGGAGAACACUUUCUUGUCAUUGACAGUCCGGAAAAGCAGAGUCACUUUGUAAAGCAGGUCACAGCCUCUUCAGAUACUAACACAACUAGCUACUUCAUCGAUGGAUCAGAUGCUGCAACUGAAGGGCAGUGGGUAUACCACGACAGUCGACCAGUGACCUAUUUCGCUUGGGCUCCAGGUCACCCGAAAAAUGCCACAGCAGACAGAGACUACCUUGUGGCAAGCAAAAGGGACAAUGCGUUUCGGUGGCAAGACAGGGAGAUGUCUGAAACGAAGUUCUAUAUUUGCGAGAAAGAUGUUUGA